AUUUGCUCUUUCCAUCGUUUUCAUUUUGCCGCAUUAAACAGACUCAUAAUCCCACACACUCCUUCUUCCUCGAUCGUUUCAUGUGUUUCUUAAAGGUGGCGAAUCCUAGUACGCACACCUCCAACAACGUUGUUCAUGUUCCUUCUUCGUCGCUGCCGAUUGUAUUCCCAGGUAUGGAUAGGGACAGAGAGAUGUCUGCUAUGGUUUCUGCUCUCAGCCACGUCGUCGCCGGAGAUAUUCCCGGUGAUUCCAGUGAAAUUUCUUCAGGAGGCGGCGGCGGCGGCGGCGGCCGAGGUGGAGGGGACUCUGUUACAUUAAACUCACUGUCAGAUUCAACGAUGCCGUCUUCGUGUCCUUCGUCUUACGGUGGUAACUCUGCUUUGAAGCGAAACAGGGAAGAUUAUAUUAGAGGCUCUUCCACUGCAAUUAUUCCAACAGUUGCAGCAGAAGGUUCAAGAGGAGAGAGAAUGGAAAUGGAAAAUGCAGUGUAUGAAUAUAGCUGUAAUGUAGAGACUGUGGGAAGAUCAGGGGAAGGAAGAAGAAAGUACAGAGGAGUGAGACAGAGGCCAUGGGGCAAGUGGGCGGCUGAGAUAAGAGAUCCUUUCAAAGCUGCCCGAGUUUGGUUGGGCACUUUUGACACGGCGGAGGCUGCUGCCCGGGCCUACGAUGAAGCUGCCCUGCGUUUCAGAGGCAACAAGGCCAAGCUUAAUUUCCCUGAGAAUGUCAGGCUCCGGCAACCGCCUCCGACGACGGCGACGACCCAUUUGAGAGGUUCGGGUUCUGCAAGUACCCUUUUGUCCACACCGACGUCCACCGAGCCGAUUGUUCAUACUGAAGCUCUUCAUCACCACCGUCUUAUGAGUUCUGAACCGGCGGCGGCGGCGGUUGAUUUUUAUAACUAUUCGCAGUUUUCGGAGUUUCCCAUGAAUUUUUAUGAUCAGAUGGUUAUGACAUCUUCAAUGGCCCAUCAUUCUCAGUCAUCCUCAUUGCCGUCCUCAUCUUCAUCUUCUACAUUGGCAUCUUCUGUUACCUCUCAGCAGGGCCAAGCAGGUUUGCCUUAUCCGGGUUGGGUCAUGCCGGAAACGGGUCAGGAAAGUGGAUCCGAAUGCUUACAAUCAGCAUGGUCAGCUUCGGGUCAUAGUACUUCUUCCUCUGCGUGAUCUUGUAAUUUAAUUCUUACGAUUUAUUAUUAUUUAACCUCUCUUUUUAUUUUGUUUUAUUUUUUUUGCAUGAGAAUCAUUUCAUUUUACAGUGUUUCAUUAGGGAUGAAUUUUAAUAAUUUCUCUAAAUUCUCCAUUUUUUUGGAAGGGAGAGAUAGGAACUAAACAAGAGAAGAGAAGGCGAGCUUAUCAAUUUUGAUGGUGUUUGGGAUGGCAUUAAUAAUAUAUAAGACUUAAGAGUAUUUCAA